UUAGGCCUUAGGCGGCGAAGUGCGCUACGCGUCAGUCGAUGUUUGCUCGUCCGUCGGUAAAGGUGUUACUAGUUCCGAAGCAAGAAGUUCCGUCAACUCGAAAACAACGUCGUUUCGUUCUACUAGAAAAGUUCGCACGCUAAUCCACGAUUAGAUCAGUGCAAUGCUUGUCUUGAGACGCGACGGUUCGCAUCGCGAGCUCUCAUUAAAAGUACCUGUGAGUGACACUAAAUGAAACCACAUAGAAUAUUUUAAAGUACUUAAAAAUUACUUGAACAUUACAAUCGAGGAACUAAUAUUGAUUAAUCAGUCGAAAUUGCGUCGAAUAAAUAGAAAGGUUAUUUCAACGGCCUCCAAUUGGAACAUUGAACUUGGCGAAAAGUUUAAAUUUCCCGCGUCUUUCGAUGUACUGUAAAAGUGUUAAAAAAGAACUGCAAAUAUUUGUAGUUCAAUUAUAAAUACUUCGCUGAAGAAAUUUCGAGAUCGAAUUCGGUGAUAUAUAGCUCGUUGAAGGAGAAACGAGUCUACGAUUGUGAACAGCCUUGAAAGGAGACGCACAAGUUCGGUCGAAAAUAAAUCAUUUUCUACUCAGUGGCGACAUAUACCAAACUUCGCAAGAAACUUCUGAAAUCGUUUCUGACGAUCUUUAUAGAUGCAAAAUCGUGUUUUCGUCAUUUAACAGAAAAUUUAUUCGAGUAAGCGUCACAGGUGAAUGAACAAAACUUUCGACGAUAAAUCAGAGUCAGUGAUUACUUGUUCGCGUCCAGCUGCUGGCAGAUCAACGUGAAAUUAGAGAAGCGUAAUAAACUCGCUCGAAUAGCAUCGCUUUGUCAUCGUCCCGGAAGGGGACCGUGCAUCGUUCUCCCCAGAAAAGUCGUGUCGCCGGAAGUGGCCCUGAAAACGUGCCAAAUCUUCGGUUUGAGGGAAAGUAACCGCGGUGAACGUGGUGACUGGGCUUACGUUCGAUUUUUUCGGCCGUCGAAUGCUAGAAAGGUGGAGAAGCGAAGGGCGGAAAAAUGAUUACCGUGCCGAUAUCCGCUUCCAGUCCUUACAUGAAGGUUACAUCCUACAGCGAUGCAAGCGCUAUUGGCAAAAAGCCUACAGUUCAACAAUUCCUCAGAAAUAUGAAGGAAAGUCGGGAUGUCCCUCAAAGAUCGCAAAGUAGCGCGGCCAGCCUAACGUCCCUAGGUGCUGACAUAUCUCCAAGUUCUUCCCAUUUCUUUGAGGUGCUCUAUGUGGGGAAAAUCAGAGUGUCGCAUCCAAAGGUAUCGGAGGGCUUCAUAGACGAUGCGUUAGUAAGAUUUCGCGUUCACGGUCUUGAAAAAUCGAGACCGUCGGUGACUAACUUUCUUUCCGAGAGUCAGCGUCAAUCACUUUUAACGUCCUCCAAUAACAGGAGAAAUAGCACGGAAUCUAGUGCUAGUGAGAUCGAAAGUAUAGAAAAUGUCUCCGGAAAUGGGGUCAUAUCGCCCGUUAACUCGCUGGGUGUACCGUCAGCACUCACGGGUUCGGUGGAAACGUUUCCAAAGACACAGAACCCCAAUCUUGCCGAGAAAGACGAGCGCGAGGAGAAUCGAGAUGUUACAAACAAUAAUUCAAUGCAAGCACCGGAAGUUAUGCGAAACCGGGCUUCCUCUACGGGUAGCGUGUUGAAUGCCAGGAGGGAUUCCAUGGCGAGAGGGGGUGACGAACAUAAUCGCACGAUGCUCUUCCAGGUUGGCCGAUAUGAUUUGAGAUUAAUCAGCCCGGAUAGGAAGCUGGUAUUGCUUCAUAAGCAACUCAGAGACGUGGCGAGUUGCGUGCAAGGCAUCAAGAACCCCGAGCACUUCGGUUUUAUUUGCAAAGAGAAUAACGUGGAUUUUUUUGUUGGCUACGUAUUCAAGUGCCAAUCGGAAUCCGUUGCAGAUGAUCUUGUCGCUGCUAUUUCACAAGCGUUUGUUGGAACGUGCGAAGUUUCAAGGAAAGACCGAUAUUCCGUGUUUUCAUGCGAACACUGCCCCAUGUAUUGGUAUAACAAGUUAUGCCAGGAAAUCGAAGGACAGAAUGACAGGAGGACCCAGAAUAUAAUUUUUUCGCGGAUGGAAAUGCUGCCGGAGGACGAGCAAGAAAUCGUCGUUAGUAAAUACAAAAGUGCUGAGGCCGCCGGCGGUACAGGGACAUCUUUACGCGAGCAAAAUCAAUUUUUAAUAAGACUGUUGCGUGCUCAUUGCGAGACGAAACAGGCUAGGCACGUUCAUGACACAGCCGAGAAUAGGAGUGAAUUUCUUAAUCAAUACCUAGGCGUAGGUGUCGGAAGCACAAUAUUCAUGAAAGCGAAACGCUCGCUUACAAAUAGUUUUGAUAACCUCAUAAAGAGAAAGGGUUCGCGGGAUGACCUUGGACUUGGACAUUUAAAAGAUAUGAGCCACCUCAACACUGUGAUACAAAAAAGCGGUAGCCAAAGCCCCGAUAUGUCGCGACAACCGUCCAUGGCAGAUAUUUCGCCGGAUUCUAGUAGACCCAAAUCUUUAAGGGUUUCACCUGAACAGCAAUUGACUGUAAAUACUGGACCAAAGAGUUCUAUGAUGGAUAUAUUCCUGAAGGUAGGAAAUUCACCAAAAAUGUCUCCAACUGAGACAGAUGGAAACAAUUCGGUACAGUCAAAUGGCUCAUGGAGACAAGCUAUAUUAAAUCGAGUUGUAACUCCCAAUAAAGAUCACGAAAAAGAAAGCGAUAAAACAGGAAAUAUUGGCGUCAUCAAAUCGCCCCAGGCGACGGCGACGCGCAGAACGAAACAAGAAUUAAGGGAUCUGUGGAAGAAAGCUAUCAAUCAGCAGGUGAUACUUAUACGAAUGGAGAAGGAGAACGCGAGGCUUAGAGUUCGUCAAGAAGAAGCGACUGUUAAGAGAAUAAAAUUGGAGUACGAUGAACUUAGCACUUGUGGCCGCGAGUUAAUGGAAGUAUGGGACCUUUUAGUAAGCAAAGAGUCGAGGAUCUCUACAAAAUGUGAUAAUCAAAUGCUUUUACAUGCUAUUAAACAAGGUGUACCAAAAGGCAAAAGAGGAGAAGUAUGGCAAUUUUUGGCCGAACAAUUUUGCUUGAAGCAACCUCCAAUAGACACGCGCGACUUCCCUAAUUACAAUAUACCAUACGAUUUGCUUUUGAAACAGCUUACGUCCCAGCAACAUGCAAUUUUAAUAGAUUUAGGACGAACAUUUCCAAACCAUCCGUAUUUCAGUUCACCUCUAGGACCUGGACAAUUAGCUUUGUUCAAUUUGCUGAAAGCUUACUCGCUUCUGGACCAUGAAGUUGGUUAUUGUCAAGGUCUCAGUUUCGUAGCUGGCAUUCUUCUUUUACACAUGUCAGAAGAUAUAGCGUUUUUCCUUCUACGACACUUAAUGUUUCGAAGAGGCCUAAGGAAAUUGUAUCUUCCUGAUAUGGCAGCUUUACAAUUGUACCUGUAUCAAUUAUCCAGGUUGUUGCACGAUAGAUUGCCUGCGAUUUAUAAUCAUUUUGACAAACAUGAGGUUUCGCCCACAUUAUACGCUGCACCAUGGUUGCUAACUUUAUUUGCCAGUCAAUUUCCACUUGGUUUUGUGACUAGAGUUUUUGAUUUACUUUUCUUGGAAAGUACUGAGGUACUUUUCAGGGUAGCUAUGGCGUUGUUAGAAGAGCACCAAGAUCAAUUAUUAAUGUGUGACAGUUUUGAAGAAAUUAUGGAAUAUCUCAAAACGCGCGUACCAGCUGUAGAUAAAGAAAUUCUGGACCGAGUUAUGAAACGCGUGUUUUAUCCGGAUCAAGAGAUUACGAAGCAAUUGAACGAAUAUAGAGUGGAAUACCAGGUGUUACAGGAAGAAAUGAUAUCAAUGAAACCGCAAAUGGAAAAUCUGGAGAAGUUAAAAGUACUUAACAAGCAACUUACACAAGAAGUCGGUCAGCUCAGUGGACAACUUGAAAUUACUAUGAACGACUUGCACCGUUUGGAGACAGCAAGAUCUAUGCAGCAAUCGACCCUGCACAAACUUGAAUCUCAGAAUCGCAGUCUAGAAGUGACUGUCGCCACAUUGGGCGCAUUUAUACAACAACUAUCUGAAACUCGCCCAGACAUCGAAUUUCCUGGUGAAGUUCGUCGAAUAAUCGCUCAGUUAAGCAUCGCUGAGAAACGAAGAAGCACACCCAAUAGAUUGUACUCCCUAAAAGUGCUCGAGGAUAAUAAUAAAAUGGGAAUGAUCAAGAGUAACUCCGCAGGAAGAGAAUCUCAAAAUUUGUUAAAAAAUAAUAACGUAAUGGAUACUCCGUACCCUUUAAAAUCCACGUUGAGCCAACCAAACUUGGCUACAAAACUGGAGAGAGUCUCGUCGUUCUUCUCAAACUCGCAUAAUCAUAUUCAGAAGCAACGAGCACAAUUGGCCGCUCUUAGGAAUGAGUAUGCGAAUGAGCAAGGUAUUAGAAAUGACGAAAACGAUCCAAAAACCGUCAAUAUAGAUAUUCGGAUCACUGAUACGGUAAAUUCAACCGAAGAGCAGAACAUGGUGCAAGACGAUAAUCACUUGAAGAUCCAACAAGUCAAUUUGGAGAAAUCGAGUUCGCUGCCAUUAAAUUCUAAAAUGAAGUUGAAGUCGUCGAAAUCAGCUUAUGAGUUAGGAUCUGUUCAAAAAGUACCAAUUACGAAGUUAGAAGUUACAAACGAUGAUAACGUGACGAAUUUAACUGGAACGAUGCAUCCUCUGGAUACCUGCAGUGAUGUGAAUUUUAGAUAUGGAGGAACAACGAAAUUGAAGUCGAUAAAAUCAACAAGGUUAUCGAGCCCAAGCGGCCAAGAUGAAGGUAUGAGCAAAAACGCUCAGAACCAGAACAUAGAGACGUUGAACAGAUAACAAUUGCUGAUGAUGUUGCGCUCAAGGAAGAUGCCUUGGAAGAGCUCGGUCUACAAGAGGUGGACUGCCGAUCAAAAUAUGCUGAGACUCGCACUUCCCUUUUACUUAUACCAAUGAUUUUAAUACCAUGCGAUAGAGAACAGAAAAGAAGCAAAACUAUAUAUAACAAAGAAGUCAAUUUAUAAUAUUUAAAAACUUGACGCGACUUUUGUGUGCGCGUAUGCCUGUGUGUGAAUGUAUCAGUAUCAGAUAUAGUUGAAUAUGUUCAUACGUAUAUAUGUAUAUACAUAAACAAAAAACUUAGAGAAAAAUUAGGAAGAAUAAGUACAGCAAGUUAAUAACUAUCAAAAAUAUUUGAAUGUAGGAAAGAGUAAAAAGGAAUAUUUACGUAAAUAUAAUAAAUAAACUGCUGAUAAGAAAUUUGUUUAAAAUGACAGUAACAUAGAAAAUAGUUUCUAUUGAAUUUUGCGAAGUAACAGAAUUGUAGAUAAUUAUAAUUUAUUGGUGAAUAUUAUUUGGAAAAAUACAUGUUACUGGCGUAAACUAAAUUUCUUAGAAUCAAGCAAAUAGAAGUCAUAUCUGUAUCAAAAUGUACAUUAGAUUAUUACAAAAUUGAUAGGAAUUCAUUUAAGAAAUAAAUAUUGAAUUAAAGGAAUAAACGUUGUUUGUUCGAUUAAUGAUAUAUUUUUUGUUGUUAGUACAUAGUUGCCCAAAAUUUUUAUUUAUCAAAAUAACAAAUUUCAGCGAGCAAUAGCCCUAAUAGUAAGUUAACUUAAAUUUUUGACAGGGUUUCAAAGUUACUCAAAAAUUCUUAGCUAACAAUACAAAAUAUACCGCUGCCUUAAUUUAAAAAAGUAUUUUCAAAUAAUAGUUUUAAUAAUAAUUUUCUAAACAAUAUAUUUAAAAGAUUACUGUUUUUAGUUACGAAGAAUUCCUAUUACUUUUGUAUAAAUCAUCGAGAGAAGUGCCAAACUUUCUAGAAAAGAAAACAAAUUUUUUUAAAUUGUAUAUAACUAGUAGAGAGGAAGUUUUCUAAAACAUAUAUUGAGAUGUAACUGUAUCGUGUAUAUUCGAGACAUAUUUAUAAGAUGUAAUUUAUAUAAUUAUUGUGCACUAUGUAAGAUUCGAGAAAUCAUCAAGUAUUAUUACUAUUUUUGCACAAAGAAAAGCCUUGUGAUAUCAGGGAUACUAUAUACUAUGUACUAUAAUCAAUGCUGUUCAACCUUCUCAUAAAGAGAAAUCAUUUUUUAAAUACGAAAUAAUGACGUUGAUAUUUUGUAAAAAUACUCAAAUUGAUAUCAGUAGCGAAUCAUGCUGUCAUCAUAAUUGAUCAAGACUUCUUUCAUUUAGCAAGCCCAUAAAUAUUUUUAAUCUCAUAAUAAUAUAUUGUACUAAAUAAAAAGCAAAAAGAUAAAAACAGACAAUGUUCAGUACGUUUGUACAGUAAUUAUUAGAAAGGAUAAAAUAUUUUGUAGUACCGGAAUUUCUACCUUCCGAAUAGCAAUUUGUACAAGUAGAUAACUAGGAACUUUAAUCGUAAAUUGUGAUGAAUAAUUAAGAAGUAAUGUUAAAAUAUUUAUAGCUUUUAUGCACAUGUUACUGUUAGCAUAUAGAAAUCGUAUUAUUCUAAUGUCGAUAUAAAUAAGAUAUAAUUGUGAACAUCGUUUGUUCCCUACACUUAAUUUUAUUGUGAUAGCAGUCAAUUUAUUUGAUUAAAAACUAAGAUGAAAUAUUUUAAGUAUAUAAAGUAUCAUUAUCGAAAAAAACUGUGACAAAAUAUGAGUUUAUACUGUUUUAUAUAUACCGAGAGAAUGUAAGUAAUUUUCUCUGGUAACUGUAUCGAUAUGUACAUAUAUUGAAGAUUUCAUAUAUCAAUUGAGCAUAUCUGACUUAUAAUGUAAGCAAAGCCUUACAAACUUGUCUGUAAAAUAUAAACACAAUAUUUCAAUCAUAUCAUACGCGAAAAUUAAAAUUGUAAUGUUCCCGUAUAACAAAACCUUAAAAAUAAAAUAAAUAAUUAUAUUAUUUAAAAAA